CCAGCUUGCUUGGGGCUUGGGGGGGGAGGCGGUGGUGGCUCUGGAGAAGGAAGAAGAGUGGGGCGGGAGGAGGCAGCGGCGGCGAUCCGGCCAGGGUGAUGGUACAGGUGCCAGGGCCCGGCGCGGAGCUGCCGCGCUGAAGGGCGACGGGUCCGGAGUCCGCAGCGCCGCCGCGUCGCUCCCGGGGACGGGCGAGCGGGCGGGAAGAUGCUGAGCAGGUUGAUGAGCGGCAGCAGCAGGAGUCUGGAGCGCGAGUACAGCUGCACCGUGCGGCUGCUGGACGACAGCGAGUACACCUGCACCAUCCAGAGAGAUGCCAAAGGCCAGUACCUAUUUGACCUCCUUUGCCACCACCUGAACCUACUUGAGAAAGACUACUUUGGGAUUCGUUUUGUGGACCCAGAUAAGCAGCGGCAUUGGUUGGAGUUUACCAAGUCAGUGGUGAAGCAACUGAGAUCCCAGCCUCCGUUCACCAUGUGCUUCCGUGUGAAGUUCUACCCAGCGGACCCUGCUGCCCUGAAAGAAGAAAUAACCAGGUACUUAGUGUUCCUGCAGAUCAAAAGGGAUCUCUACCAUGGCCGCCUCCUCUGUAAAACGUCCGACGCCGCCUUGUUAGCAGCCUAUAUCCUUCAAGCGGAGAUUGGGGAUUAUGACCCAGGAAAGCACCCUGAAGGCUACAGCUCCAAGUUCCAAUUUUUCCCGAAACAUUCAGAGAAACUGGAAAAGAAAAUUGCCGAGAUUCACAAGACUGAACUCAGUGGUCAAACACCAGCAACAUCAGAGCUGAAUUUCUUAAGAAAGGCACAGACACUAGAGACCUACGGAGUGGACCCUCACCCAUGUAAGGAUGUGUCAGGAAAUGCUGCGUUUCUGGCCUUCACUCCUUUUGGGUUUGUUGUUCUUCAAGGAAACAAGAGGGUCCACUUCAUUAAGUGGAAUGAGGUGACCAAGCUGAAAUUUGAAGGGAAGACUUUUUAUCUGUAUGUAAGUCAAAAAGAGGAAAAAAAAAUUGUUCUCACCUAUUUUGCUCCAACUCCAGAAGCCUGCAAGCACCUCUGGAAAUGUGGGAUUGAGAAUCAAGCCUUCUACAAGCUGGAGAAGUCAAGCCAAGUUCGCACGGUGUCCAGCAGCAAUUUAUUCUUUAAAGGGAGCCGGUUCCGAUACAGCGGCCGGGUUGCAAAGGAGGUAAUGGAGUCAAGUGCCAAGAUCAAACGGGAGCCACCAGAAAUACACAGAGCAGGGAUGGUUCCUAGCCGCAGCUGCCCCUCCAUAACCCAUGGCCCACGGCUGAGCAGUGUCCCCAGAACACGAAGAAGAGCUGUUCACAUCUCCAUCAUGGAAGGCCUGGAGUCCCUACGAGACAGUGCCCAUUCCACCCCCGUGCGGUCCUCUUCCCAUGGGGACACCUUCUUGCCUCACGUGAGGAGCAGCCGGGCAGACAGCAACGAACGUGUGGCUGUAAUCGCAGAUGAGGCCUACAGCCCUGCAGACAGCGUGCUACCCACCCCUGUGGCCGAGCACAGCCUGGAGCUGAUGCUGCUUUCCCGGCAGAUCAAUGGAGCCACAUGCAGCAUUGAGGAGGAGAAGGAGUCUGAGGCCAGCACCCCAACUGCGGCAGAGGUGGAGGCCCUCGGGGGAGAGCUGAGGGCCCUGUGCCAGGGGCACGGCGGGCCAGAGCAAGAACAGAGUGGGCAUCUGAAGGGACCACAGCAGCAGCAGCAGCAGAAAGGGUGGGGUAAGUCUGUCCGUUAGAGUAGAGCCUAGUGGACAUCACAGAGUUGUAUUUAAUGGUUUUUUUUGUUUUUUUCUGAAGAACUUUAAGACUCUUCUAGUGCUUCUGGGGUAUUAAAUGAAGUCAGUGGCAGCCAAGUGCACUGUGGGAAAUGUCCUGGGGUGUAGUUACCAGAGACCUGUGCUAAGUGGCCUGGGAGCCUGCAGGGCGUAGAGAGCAGGGCUUGCUUUGUACAGUGUGCCCUUCCAAAAAAGGACUAUUUCAAGCUCUAUUUUAACAGCAAAAUGUUAUUUUCCUAUCUAUUCAUAUUUGGUUUUUACUUUAUGGAUUAAGAAAAUAGAACCUGAUGAACUUAGAGAUGCAAGAAACAAAUCUGAGGAAAACACCAAGAACAAGCAGCAGCCUUGGAAGGGACCAGGAGACACUCUAAAUAAACAGAAUCUCUAAGUGAUGCCUACAAGAGAGACAGAGACCAGCACUCACUGUAGAAAUGCCUCUGCUCCUGGAAAUAAGGCCAAGCAGAACACUUGGAGGGUGUCACUCACAGCAGCACAAGAACACACUAAGGUGAGCAAGAGUCCCCAGGCCUCUGCACUUAAAAUCAAUCACACACAGAUCUUGUUUUCAUCUCAGGGAGGGAUUGCUAAGUCAUCUGAGGCCCAAGGACUUAUAAAAGGACAGUCAAGGGGUAUACUCCUGGGACCCAGACAAGAACGGAGCUAAACAGCCCCCCAAAUGCAAGAGAUUGGACUGUCGUACAUGUGAGCUCCUCUUAAUUUUUUGCCAUGUUCAUAUUCUGAAUAUAGCGGCCACAGAAAACCAGUGGUUUAGAGGAUGCCGGGGCAUUUACGUAAGAUGCCAUUCAUAUCUAGACUAGAGGUCAGCAAACCUCUUUUAAUAACAUUUUGGCUUGUGGACCAUACCCUGCCACCUUCACACACCUCUGAUAAUGUAUGCAUAAAGGAACAUGGCUUACUCCAAGAAAACGCUAUUUUAGAAAAAAGUGUAGGGCUGAGGAUGUUGCUCAGUGGGUAGAGUACUUGCCUAGCAUUCAUAAGGCCCUGACUUCAUCGCUAACACUGCAUAAAACCAGGUGUGGUCCCAGCAUUCAGCUGGAGACAGGAGGAUCAG